CGUGUAGUGAGAAGCGUUACUUUGCACUACUUACUACACACAGCGCGUAAAAUCCUCAGUUGGUUUCCAUGCGCGCAUUAACAUCUUCCAUAAGUGAAGUCCUUUAAACGUCAGUUACCGCUUUAAAGGUGUUCAUUGUUCCUUUCGGAGAAGAGAAGCUAUGGAUGUGGUGUGUCUGCUGUGUUUGGUGCUGACCAUCGGUUCUUGGUUUGCCUCCGCGGAAAGACACAGCGUCUACUGGAACAGCUCUAACGCAAACUUUCAGUGGAAUGAGUAUACGGUGGAAGUGCGCAUCAAUGACUAUCUGGACAUCAUCUGCCCUCACUACACCCACGACGAGGUGCCGUCGCAUGCAGCUGAGCGUUACGUGCUGUACAUGGUGGAGAGAGAGGACUACGAGGUGUGCAAGCCUCACUCCUUCGAUCAGCUCCGCUGGGAGUGCUCGCGGCCCUUCGCUCCUCAUGCUCCCGAAAAAUUCUCGGAGAAGUUUCAACGCUUCACCCCCUUCACCCUGGGAAAGGAGUUCCGUCAGGGAGAGAGCUAUUAUUAUAUCUCAAAGCCAAUGCAUCACCAUGGGAAAGACUGUCUGCGGCUGAGAGUGGAUGUAGUUGGACAUAAAGGCUCUGGAAAGAAUCACUAUGACAAAUCCAAAGCACGUGAAACAGAAAAAAUCUUGGGAGGAGAAAAAGUGAAUUUCCCUGCUACAGGAGGAGUUCACAACCCCUCUAACCAUCUCCCAGCAGAUGACCCUGCUGCGAUGGAGCCAAAUGUCCAGAGGAGUGUCGGCAACUCUGCAGCACAGCUGAUCUCUCGUUCACUUCUUUUUGCCCUGAUCCCAGUCUUAUUAGCCCUGAUGCUACACUAAAGGCAGUGAAAGCUCCACAACAGAGACAUUACUAACCCGAUGCUGGUCACCGGGACGUGAACGAUCAGAGAUUCUUUUUAUACAGACUUUUUUUAUACGAGCAUGGAUAGUGUGUGUUGUUCAGCGUGCGCUUGAUGUGGUUUUUGUGUGUGUGAAUGUGGAGCGUGGAUCGCUCCAAAAUAAAAAAAGAGGACCUCAGAGACUUUUUUUUUUUUUACUUUAUUUUGAGGAUUGAAAUUCUCACUUAUGACCAUUUAAGCUGAACGUUUUUGUUUUUUCAUUAUGAACGAAGUCGCAAACAGAACGAUCCAAAUGCUUUGUUAUAAAUCGACGGCAGCAAGAUUACAUUAUCCUCACUGUCACGUGUCAACACAUUUUCAUAGCACUGGUACAGCUGUGCGUUUCAUUAGUGAACUCUCUUUUUCUUCCUCUACAUGUAGAGAAACUAUUGAUAUUGUGUAUUGUUGUCGGCAGCUGCCACAAUAUGUAGGAUAAUGUAGGAUAUUUGCCAUGUUGUGUUGCACUCAACUCCUCGUUAUAAUGCUCCACAUUUCUAAAGUUAUCUGACAUGUUAUCAGUGGUAACGCAACCUGAGAAAACAGAUGCUCUAACGGUGCAGCAGUGGUUCUCGCCCCGAUUUCUGGCUUUUAGUGAUGUCUAUUGGUGCUCAUGCUGAUGAAAUCUUUUCAUGUAACCACGAUUAAAAAUGUAUUCCAAGAACCUAAAGAUAUGCAUAUACUAAAAAAAAAAGAUGCAGUGAUAUUUAUGUUUUUGUUAAGUCCUCAUCUGUCAAUUACACGGUUUCAUGCGAUGUUGUGAGCCAAUGUUGAGAGCCACUGAACAAAACAAAGACAAACUCAGCAUCUUCAGCACUUAUUCACUCAUUUCUAUUGUUUCGACUGUAUCAUGGUACACUGGCUGAUGUUUGCAGAUGUUGCCCCACUCGCACUUCCUGAAACCUCAAACUGAAGGUAUCUCCCAGAAUACAUUUUUUUUGUCUUUUUUUUUUUUUGCUUGUGUCAUUUUGUAAAUGUUUAUAUGUACAUUUGUACAUACAGAAAACUAUAUGAAACUGUUUUAAGAUGUGAAAAAUCUUUAGUGAAAUAAAAAUGUGAUGUAAUCCAAAAA